AGUUGACGCAAAACUUGCUAACUCACAUUCCCACCAACUCUAAGGAAGUUUUUCUUCUUCUUCUUCUUCUUCUCCUUGAAGAGAGAGUCAAUGAAACACACAAUCCUUUACUAACAACUCAAACUCAAAAAAGAAAGAUAUAUGAUGAUCCGAAGCCAUUGUUUUAAUUGGAUUUCAGUUGUUAUUAUCAUCUUUUCCUCCCUCUUUGUACAGACUCUAGCUUCUACGUCGCUCCACUUAUGCCAUCUGGACCAAAGGGAUGCUCUUUUGGAAUUCAGAGACGAGUUUCCAAUUUAUGAUUCAAAACCAAUCCCGUGGAAUAAGAGCACUGAUUGCUGUUCAUGGAAGGGUGUCACGUGCAGCGUUAAAUCUGGCCAGGUGAUAUCACUCGAUCUUAGUAGCACCGUUCUCCUCGGAUCUUUGAAAACCAACAGUAGCCUUUUUAGACUCCAACAUCUUAGUCACCUAGACCUUAUGAAUUGCAAUCUCCACGGAGAGAUUCCUUCUUCACUAGGAAACCUUUCUCGCCUCACACUUGUUAACCUUUUCUUUAAUAACUUGGUAGGAGAGAUUCCGGCUUCAAUCGGCAAUCUAAACCAGCUAAGAUCCCUUAACCUUAUGGCUAACGAUCUUACAGGAGAGAUUCCUUCUUCACUAGGAAACCUUUCUCGUCUCAUAAAUCUUGAGCUCUCUUCUAAUAGUUUGGUCGGUGAGAUUCCAGCUUCAAUAGGAAAUCUAAACCAGCUAAGAAACCUUAGCCUUGGGUCCAACGGUCUCGUAGGAGAGAUUCCUUCUUCACUAGGAAACCUUUCUAAUCUCUUACAUCUUAGGCUUUUCAAUAAUCAUUUGGUAGGUGAAGUUCCGGUCUCCAUCGGAAAUCUAAACGAACUAAGAGUCAUGUCGUUUGAGAACAAUAGCUUAAGUGGCCCUCUUCCUAUUUCGUUAGCCAAUUUAACUAAGCUUUCUGAAUUUAGCCUUAGCUCUAAUAACUUCACAUCCACGUUUCCGUUUGACAUGAGUGGAUUCCAAAACUUGGAGUACUUUGAUGUUUCUCAAAACUCAUUUAGCGGGCCUUUUCCUAAAUCUUUGUUCUUGAUUCCUUCGUUACAAGAUGUUUAUUUGGCAGGAAACCAAUUUACAGGACCUAUAGAGUUUGCAAAUACAUCUUCAUCAGCUAAGCUUCAAACCCUAAUCCUUGCUCGUAACAAAUUCGAUGGCCUAAUCCCCGAAUCUACAUUUAAAUUUCUCAACCUUGAAGAGCUAGAUCUUAGCCACAACAAUUUAACUGGACCAAUCUCUGGAUCUAUAUCAAAGCUAACCAACCUCCUUCAUCUUGAUCUUUCCAACAACGAGUUGGAAGGUGAAGUACCAGGUUGCUUAUGGAGAUUGGAUACAUUGAUGCUUUCUCACAAUUUUUUCACCAGUUUUGAAAACUCUUCACAAGAAGCACUAAUUGGAGAGUUGGAUCUGAAUUCGAAUUCAUUCCAAGGACCAUUUCCUUAUAUGAUCUGCAAGCUUAGAUGGUUAGGCUUUCUAGAUUUGUCCAACAACCUCUUCAGCGGCUCGAUUCCUUCAUGUAUAAAGAACUUUAGUGGUUCUAUUAAAGAGCUAAUCUUGGGGAACAACAACUUCAGUGGAACCUUUCCAGAUAUAUUUUCAGGUGUUACCAAGAUAGUAUCACUGGACGUUAGUCACAACCAGCUGGAGGGAAAGUUUCCAAAGUCUUUGAUCAAUUGCAAUGACCUUGAACUUGUGAAUGUGGAGAGCAACAAAAUCAAGGACAUGUUUCCAUCAUGGUUGGGAUCUCUACCAUCAUUACAUGUUCUCAACCUCAGAUCAAACGAGUUCUAUGGGCCGUUGUAUCAUGGCCACGUGUCUAUCGGGUUUCAGAGUUUAAGAGUCAUCGAUAUAUCACAAAAUGGCUUCACUGGAACCAUCCCACCUCACUAUUUUUCCAACUGGAAAGAAAUGACCACAUUAACCGAAGAAAAUGGCCAGUACAUGGCAGAAUUUGGGAGAUAUGCUGAUAGCUAUUAUCACGAGAUGGAUAUGGUGAAUAAAGGAGUUGAGACGAGCUUUGAGCGGAUCAGACAUGACUUCAGAGCCAUUGAUUUUUCUGGAAACAAAUUUUAUGGCAAAAUCCCUGAGUCCAUUGGCUUAUUGAAGGAACUGCGUCUUCUCAACUUGUCAGGUAACACUUUCACAAGUGAUAUCCCACGAAUCUUGGCUAAUUUGACAAAACUCGAGACGUUAGACCUGUCUCGUAAUAAGCUGUCAGGCGAAAUUCCUCUAGGUCUUGGUACACUCUCUUUUUUAUCAUACAUGAAUUUCUCCCAUAACAUUCUCCAAGGUCCAGUGCCACGAGGCACACAAUUUCAAAGGCAGAAAUGUUCUUCAUUCUUGGACAACCCAAGACUCUACGGUCUCGAAGAAAUUUGUAGAGAUACUCAUGCCUUGAAUCCUACGUCGCAGCUCCCCGAGGAAUUGUCAGAGGCUGAGGAACAAAUGUUCAACUGGGUAGCAGCUGCAAUAGCAUACGGACCUGGUGUGUUCUGUGGAUUGGUGAUUGGACAUAUCUACAUUGCACAUAAUCAUAAUUGGUUCACAGAAAAGUUCGGUCGAAAGAAACUAGUCAUUACAAGUGUUCGUUAAACCCAUCUCUUGUAGUCUCUUUAAGCAUUUGUGAAGCAAAUGUUGUGUAA